CUUUUUCGAUGUUCUAAUUCUCAUUCUCUCAUCGUAAUGUUCUACCAGUCGCGAAAGGGGGAAAAAUAGAACAGAAAGAAAGCAGCAGCAGAAGCGAACGGGUUGUGACUGAGUGAGUGAGUUAGAAUGGCGAGCGCGCUUCGGAACGUGAAGGUGCCUCCGAACUCAGCGAGUCUGGAGGAAGCGCGUCAACGAGUCUUCGAUUUCUUCAGAGCAGCUUGCAGAUCGUUACCCACCGUCAUGGACAUCUACAACCUACACGACGUCGUUUCCAUCCCCCAGCUUCGCUCCACCAUCGCCUCCGAGAUCCGCAAGAACACUCACAUCACCAAUCCCAAAGUGAUUGAUAUGCUGCUUUUCAAGGGCAUGGAAGAGCUGAAGAAUGUUGUGGAGCAUUCAAAGCAGAGGCAUCAUAUCAUUGGUCAGUACGUAGUUGGUCAGCAUCGCCUUGUGCAGGAUUUGGGAACAAAAGACCAGGGCAUAUCUACUUUUCUUAAGAAUUUCUACAACAGCAAUUACUUUUGAAGCUUGAUUGUGAGCUGUUCUCUGUUUCCUCAAAUAAAGAAUUAUCUUAAGUUUUAUAUGUCAAUACUGGAUUAAGAUAAUACUUUUGUCAGAUUAUUCUGAUGUAUUCAUUUUUCCUGGCUUAAUUUAAGAAAGUGAUGUUUUGAUGAUUUUGCGCACACGUGCGCAUUGCUAAAAAUAUUGUGACGGUUUACUAUUUGACGCCAUUGCAAAUGGUAAAGAUUGCCCCAAAUGAAUAUAUCGGCAUAGCACGCAAGAGAGUAGAUAAACAAUAUUGUAUUUUGGUUUUAAGGCCAUGUAUUAGAUCACUACAAUAUGCAGGUACUAUUUGUUGUUUAUAGUGCAUUAUGUCAUUGCAUUGCAUUUCCCUGUAAUUUUGCCAUUUAGAUCUGCCAGUAGGUCAUUGGGUGACAGCUUUGGAGCAGAGGGUCUUCAGCAGACAGAGUGGAUUCAUCUGGUCAUACGAUUUUAAAAGAGUGCUUCUAAGUAAUGGUUCCUUUUUAAAAGAGAAGUUUUACAUAUAAAUAUCAAGUGAAAGAAAUUGGGAACU